AUAGGAACGUUUCCUUCGUGCGCGCGGAACUUGAUUCAGGAAGUACGCAUUUCAUUUUCUUGUUCCUCACAAAUAAGCGAAAACAUGUCUUUAGAAACCUAAAACCUGAUAAUUUACUUGUUUAAAAAGGAAAAUAAUUCGGCCGAAAAUGUCGGCUGCUGAGUCUACAUAUGUAUCAACGCUUGGAAAAGGCGACAGUCUGCACCAACAGGUUCUCGCCUCCUUCCCUCUGUGUGACAUAACAGAAGAGGAUCUAACCCAGAACGCUCAGUUCUGUAAACUCCUGGCCACCCUGGCGCAGCAUGUGGACCAAAGUGGACUCACUGUCCCACUGAAGACCGAGCUGGAGAAGGCUGAGCAGAAGCUGCAGAGCCAGAGGCGUUACUGGCUGCGCUCCGAGGGGAUCCACAAAGCGCUGCAAGAGAUGACCCAGGACCACUGUAUCAGGAAGCACCACGCCACUGUACCACCUGACCAGAACAUGUUCUAUGAGACGAUGGAGAAAUGUCUGCUGGUGGCUCAGUGUAUCAGACAGCUGGAUCCCAGUAGCACUACCAACCAGGACCAGCCCUCUGUUCUGGGUCUGACCCCCCAACAGAUGAUGGAGCUCAUGCCAUUGGAGAAGAAUAUUCAAAGAAUGAAACAGAGUCUACCGAGAGAGCUGGAGAAACAUCUGAAGACAAAGUGUUUGAGCCUCCUCUGUUACUAUCAACCUGAAUGGGAGAACGAGAGUGAGGGUCUGAAGAACAGCAAGUUGUCUCAUCUAUCAGCCCAGAUGGGCAAUGAGAAGAAAAGAGCAGAGAGUCUGAAGGAGAGCAGCCGGGAAAACAGUGUCCUCCUGCAGAGACAGACCCAGCUCUACCUCUCUGAACAGAUCAAGUGUAUUCAGCUUCUCCAGUCCCUCAUCUUGGACCACAGGCUGAGGAUCCUGACAGAUCUGGAUCGGAAGAAGUUAGACUACUUUGAAGGAAAAUGUGAAUUAGUCUUGCAGAGGAUCAAGACUGAGAUGGUGGAAAUUCAGCUGGACACGUACAAAGUGGACACAAUAUCUGCUCAUACAAAAAUGAGAGAGAAGCUGUCGUCUGAUCUGAAGGCCAGUCAGGUGGAGAAGCACUCCGUUGAGUUGAAACUGGCCUCCUUUGAGAUGUUGGGGAAAGACUUUGAGGCCUUGGCAGAGGAGUACUGCAGACUACGGCAGGAGAUAGAAAUGAAUACCUGGGCUCUGAAGGAGUUCACCCAGUGCAAGAACAAGUGAAGGUCAUAUCUGACAAUGGGACAACAGCCAGCCAUCUCAUAGUGUGUCAGUGCUCACAACGACAUGCUGGCUUUUGGAUGCUUGUCACAGACAGUGUGUGGAUAUUUGCCUCCCAUAUUACUCCUAUUUAGAAUUAUGUUUAAUAACUGCCAUAAACUCUUAAAAUAGUCAACCACAUGAUAAUCAACAUUUAUAUGUUUCUACCUGAACCCAUUUUUAGUUCACGUUUGCAUUUCUCUUUGUAAUUAAAUGCAGUGUUACACUUAGCUUUACUUUCCGUCUCUGAAUGAUAACUUUCUUAUUUACACAUACAUACAUAUAUGAGGUUAAGAAAGUGAGAGUUAGUAGUAUAUUAAUAUUUACAAUGCAAAAGUCUUGGUGACCUGAUCUUACUUCACCUAAAAUACAAAUGACGAGGUGUAUAGGUAGCAUUUUCUUGUAACACUUUAACUCAAGCAUCAACACAGUCAAAUGUGCCAAAGAUGGGCAAGAAUUGUUGUCUAUAUUGUAAUAUAAACCUGUAAUAAAAUAAACUAGAUUGAGUAAGUGUGAA